GAGCCUGUUUUCAUCGGGGCAGAUGCGGAAGCUGUUACAACCACAACAUUUAGGAAACUGGUGAAAGGAAACAGUCUCUCAGUAGCGUAGGGGCCGGUUCAGGCACUCAGCUCUGGCUGCUGCCCCGAGCUGCGUCCUCGCCGCAAUGCAGCAUGCUCAAGAAGACCCGACUGCACCCAGAGAAGAAGAUGAUGCCUUUGGGGAAGGAAUAUCCUCCCGGCUCCCAGAAAUCAUGUCAAUAGGAUCACAUUCAUUCUCUCCAGGAGGUCCUAAUGGGAUUAUCAGGAGCCAGUCCUUUGCUGGCUUCAGCGGGCUUCAAGAGAGACGCUCCAGGUGUAACUCUUUUAUUGAAAAUUCCUCUGCGCUCAAGAAGCCCCAAGCGAAGGUGAAGAAAAUGCAUAAUUUGGGCCACAAGAACAGCACCACCCCCAAGGAGCCCCAGCCCAAAAGGAUGGAAGAGGUCUACAGAGCCCUGAAGAAUGGCCUGGACGAGUAUCUGGAAGUUCACCAGACAGAGCUGGACAAGUUGACUGCUCAGUUAAAAGACAUGAGAAGAAACUCACGCCUGGGAGUCCUGUAUGAUUUAGAUAAGCAAAUCAAAGCAGUGGAGCGAUACAUGAGGAGGCUGGAGUUCCACAUCAGCAAGGUGGAUGAGCUUUAUGAAGCCUAUUGUAUCCAAAGACGUCUCUGCGACGGUGCAAGCAAGAUGAAGCAAGCCUUUGCAAUGUCACCUGCCAGCAAAGCAGCUCGAGAGAGUUUAACUGAAAUCAACAGGAGUUACAAGGAGUACACAGAGAACAUGUGUACCAUAGAAGCAGAGCUGGAAAACCUAUUGGGGGAGUUUUGCAUCAAGAUGAAAGGUCUGGCUGGCUUUGCUCGACUCUGCCCCGGGGAUCAGUAUGAGAUUUUCAUGCGUUACGGUCGCCAGCAAUGGAAACUGAAAGGCAAAAUAGAGGUGAACGGCAAGCAAAGCUGGGAUGGAGAAGAAAUGGUUUUCCUCCCUCUCAUUGUAGGGCUGAUCUCCAUUAAGGUCACAGAAGUGAAAGGACUUGCUACUCACAUCCUAGUGGGAAGUGUUACCUGUGAAACAAAAGACCUGUUUGCAGCUCGACCUCAGGUGGUUGCAGUAGACAUUAACGACCUUGGCACAAUAAAGCUGAACCUUGAAAUCACCUGGUACCCCUUCGAUGUAGAAGACUUGACCCCCUCCACAGGAAAUGUGAGCAAGGCAUCUGCUCUCCAGAGAAGAAUGUCCAUGUACAGCCAAGGCACUCCAGAAACGCCAACCUUCAAGGACCACUCAUUCUUUUCAAACUUGCCAGAUGACGUCUUUGAAAAUGGCACGGCAACCACUGAGAAGCGGCCUCUUUCUUUCACUUUUGGCGACCUGCCUUAUGAAGACCACGUACCCCCUGCCAGCUCACCAGGGUCCUCUUCUGCUCACGUCAGCUCCAGCCCCGAUAUCGCCGCCACCCCCACCCAGCGCCGAGCUCUCAAGUCUUCCUCCAAGAGCUCAAGCCUGGACUGCAGCAGCAGUGACUCCCGCAGAGACUCUGUCCCUGAGCCUAAGGACCGGCCGUCCCAGGGAGAGGCAGCAGUGAUGGAGAACAAGGCCGUCCCCAGGGCAGCUUCUGAAGUUUGCCGAAAAACCUCCGACGCUGGGAGCGAUCAUGUCUUUAUAGAGACAAACGUCCCGGUGUCCCUCCUGCAGGAGACGGAUGAAGGUUCAGAGCUAAAGCCGGUGGAGCUGGAUACCUAUGAGGGCAACAUCACAAAGCAGCUGGUAAAAAGGCUCACGUCUGUAGAGGUGCCCAUGACCCUGGAGAGGCUGCCGUGUGAGGGAUCCAUUAGUGGGGAAUCAGAAGGAUACAAGUCUUAUCUGGAUGGAAGCAUUGAAGAAGCCUUGCAAGGGCUUCUCUUAGCUCUUGAGCCACAUAAAGAGCAGUAUAAAGAGUUUCAGGACCUGGAUCAGGAAGUGAUGCAUCUGGAUGACAUCCUAAAAUGCAAGCCAGCAGUAACCCGAAGCAGGUCCUCCAGUUUAAGUCUAACAGUUGAAAGUGCUUUAGAAAGCUUUGAUUUCCUGAACACCUCUGACUUUGAUGAUGAGGAUGGUGGUGGUGAGGAGGUUUGUAAUGGUGGAGGAGGUGCAGACUCAGUAUUUUCAGACACUGAGAUUGAGAAGAAUAGUUACAGGCCGGAGCACCCCGAAGCCAGGGGCCACCUCAGCGAAGCGCUCACCGAGGACACGGGUGUCGGCACCAGCGUUGCCGGCAGCCCUCUGCCACUCACCACGGGGAGCGACAGCCUCGACAUUACCAUAGUUAAGCACCUGCAGUAUUGCACGCAGCUCAUCCAGCAAAUUGUGUUCUCCAGCAAAACACCAUUUGUGGCAAGAGACCUCCUGGAUAAGCUGUCUAGGCAGAUCCUCGUGAUGGAGAACAUUGCAGACAUCAGCACCGAGAACUUGGGAAACAUUACCUCCCUUACUGAUGCAAUCCCAGAGUUCCACAAGAAGCUGUCCCUCCUGGCUUUCUGGAUGAAAUGUACUGGUCCUUCAGGAGUGUAUCACACAUCUGCAGACAAGAUGAUGAAGCAGCUGGAUAUUAAUUUUGCCACCACUGUGAAUGAGGAAUGUCCAGGGCUUGCAGAAACAGUUUUCCGCAUCCUGGUGUCUCAGAUCCUGGACCGGACGGAGCCUGUCCUCUACUCCACCAUGUCCUCAGAGAUCAUCACCGUCUUUCAGUAUUACAACUAUUUUGCAAGCCACAGUGUUAAUGAUCUUGGAAGCUAUUUGCUGCAGCUUGCAAAAGAAGCCUCUGUGGUUCAGAUGCUGCAGUCCGUGAAGGAUGGAAAACUGCAUCAAAACGUGGCCAAAAUAAAUUCCAAUAACCUCCCACCACAGCAAGAAGUUCUGAGAGCUUUGGCUUUACUUCUCAAUGAAAAUAAAAAUGAAGUCAGUGAGACUGUGGCGUCACUUUUGACAGCUACUGCAGAAAACAAGCACUUCAGGGAGAAGGCCUUGAUUUAUUACUGUGAAGCCCUAACCCAGCCCAACCUCCAGCUGCAGAAGGCAGCUUGCCUGGCUCUAAGAUACCUCAAGGCUACUGAGAGUAUUAAAAUGCUGGUCACGCUCUGCCAGUCUGACAAUGAAGACAUCAGAAAAGUUGCAUCUGAAACCCUGCUCUCACUUGGUGAAGAUGGGAGACUGGCAUACGAACAGCUGGACAAAUUCCCCCGGGAAUUUGUCAAAGUUGGAAGUCGACGUGGAACUGAAGCUACUACAGGUUUUUAGGUGGAAAAGAACCUGCCUAACUUUAACAGUCGUGAAAGUAGGAUGGAGCUGUAAUUAAGCAUGUGAAGUAGAAGGAAUACUUUGAAGAAUUCUGUGAGAAUGUCCCAAAAUGUAGCAAUUCACAUCUUUGAGGAAAAGCAAAAUCUAAAAUCCAGCUGAAGAGUUCCUAGUGGCUCCUCUUCGCAGCUUAUGAUGGAACAGUUGGAUGCUGAGGAACCAUACUUUCUUGACUGAUUUGUAGUAACGUAAUUGCAGUUAUUCAGCAAACUUCUGUGGGUUUUUAGAAUCUGGCAUCUUCAUAUAUUUUAUUGGGUAUUAUAUUUACUUUCUUGAAGUUGUUGUGAAAGCUUGAGACAUGAUAUAUAUCUGAAAUGGACUAGUAGGAGGCUACCUGCGCAGAACUACAAAGCAGCUUUCUCUGCAACUCCGAGCCAAGCGUAUACUGCCUCAUAGUGUCCACAGCAACACUCCAGUGGCCCACACCACUUUGCUGUCUCAGUCCUGAAAUAUAGAGCAAGUUUUUUUAAGUUUUGCCUCCAGAAACAGUGUGAUGUAAACUCCUGAAGGUGUCACUUUAGUGACUCAUUCUAAAUGCCCCUACUGGUCUUUUAUUUCUUUUCUCUUGCCCUCCAGCAAUGAACCAUUAUUAAUCCAGAGAUUUGUGAGGGGGAUCAAACAACCACAUAGGUUUUGAAAAACUAAAUGAAAAGGUAAAAUGCAUUUAUUUAUUCCAAGAAGUAGUGAGUACAGCUAAUUGCACAAGUCCCCACAGCCAUUCUGUCCUGCAAGUUACAAGCAGGAUUGGAUUUCAUACACUCUAAUUAGUGGAGGAUAGCUUCUAUAGAGCGAUUUCAAUAUAAAGAACUGGAACAAACUAAAGUGGACCUUGGAGGCAGUAAUAAACAGUGUGAACUGAAUGCAUUUGCUCCCUUCACUGCAAGAAAGAAAGACAGUGCUUCAAGCUGUUAAUUAUAAGCCUUAAGAUAACAGAGGAGGUAAAUAGGAUUUAACAGAAGAGUGUUCCUGUACUGUGUUCAUUAUGCAUGAAAUGCUAUUUAGAUGUCAAUUAAAGUAUCCAAAUUUGCAUAGACUACAUAGAAAAGAUUGCAAACAAUUCACAUCAAAAGGAAGCCUUGUGCGCCAAACACGUUGGCAGGCAGAGUUUGUUUUGGGUUUUGUUGUUGUUGUUGUUGUUUUUUUUUAAACUGUGAAUGUUACAACAAUGUACAUAUCUGUAUAUUUAUAAAUAUAUAUAUUCUUCCUUUAAUUAAAAAAGUACAUUUUGUACAGUUCAAAAUGCUUGCUUGUUUACUGAGGGAUAUAGACUCUUUAUACAGAAGGUGAAAUAACCAUGUUCUGGGUUUUGUACCACACUUGUCCCAUCAGCUGAAUUCUUCCAAGGUGUUCUUUUGUACUGACUUUUUCUUUUUUUUGCCUUUAGUUUUGUGGCAUUUGUACUCACCUUAUUUCCUAUCACAUUUAAGUUAUAAUAAAGAUUAUUUUUUAAGUACUAAGCACAUC